CCGGACGCAGGUGCCGGCCGGAGCGGAGCAAGCAGCUGCUGACUGGCCGGGCCGGGCCGGGACCCGGGCCAGGGAGAACCGAGGGGCCUGCGCGGUCGCCCGGCCCGGCCGCGAAUCAGGCUCUUGGGACCAUGGGCCUCAGGCCCUGAGGACAGGAGGCUCCUUGUGGCCAUGACGACAGGUGACUGCUGCCACCUCCCCGGCUCCCUAUGCGACUGCUCUGGCAGCCCUGCCUUCUCCAAGGUUGUGGAGGCCACAGGCCUUGGACCACCCCAGUAUGUGGCACAGGUGACCUCAAGGGAUGGCCGGUUGCUUUCAACUGUCAUCCGGGCUUUGGACACACCGAGCCUCUACGACCCAGUGCUGGAGUUACAGGCAGAGUGUCAUUUUAGCUCAGGGAGGCCGGGAACUCAGGCAAUCCUUCUGCUUCAGCCUAUUGAUUGCCAGUAUUACAAGUGGCUGAAGGACCCGGGGCCUCGCACUGAGAAGCGGACGCUGUGCUGUGACAUGGUGUGCUUCGUGUUCAUCACACCGCUGGCCGCCAUUUCAGGCUGGCUGUGCCUUCGAGGGGCUCAGGACCACCUCCGUCUACAUAGUCGGCUGGAGGCUGUGGGGCUCAUCGCCCUCACCAUCGCCCUCUUCACCAUCUAUGUGCUCUGGACACUGGUCUCUUUCCGAUACCAUUGCCAGCUGUACUCAGAAUGGAGGAAGACCAAUCAGAAAGUCCGCCUGAAGAUUCGGGAAGCAGAUGGCUCCGAGGACCCCCACCACUCCUUGCUGGCUACUGGACUCUUGAAAAAGGUGGCGGAGGAGACCCCUGUGUGAAGAUCAGACUGGCAGAGCCCUGAGGUAGUGGAGAAACCAGAGGCAGAUGACAAUGCCUUGCUUUGGAAGGAUGGAAGCUGCCUGACCUUUCAUGCAUAGCCAUGAUGCUUCUCAGGCAAAGAGCCACAGCAACCCCUGCUCUGUGCUCCUGGGUGAACAUGCUUUCAAGGGUUUUAUUUCACACAUUAUUGAACAUGACAGGGACAGAUGGACAGACCUUUGGAUGGGGCAGGCACCCUCAUCUCAUUCUGAGAUCGGUUUGACAGUCCGUGGCUAGCAGCUUUGGCUGCUUGUGCUGAGGGCGCCCGUUGGGCUGGAAGGUUCCAGCAAGCUUCUAGCGCUACUCUGCACCUGGCCGGCUUGCUUUCCUGGCACUCUGGACUUUAUAUACAGUUGCACUGCAUUUCAGAGCCACCCCUGAAUGAAUAAAAGGAGCCCUUGCUGGCUGACACGA